GACGACUCCAUUGCCAAAAAGCUCUCACCUUUGCCUCCUCACUCUCCUCACACUCUCUUGUCUCCACUCGCCGCGCCACGCCACGCCGCGCCGCGCAAUGCGCCUCCACUACCACCACCUCGCCGUCGUCCUCCUCGCCGCCGUGGCGGCGGCGGCGACGGCGGCGGCCGGUGGCGAAGCCGACGCGCUCCUCGCGGUGAAGGCGGCGCUCGACGACCCGACGGGCGCGCUCGCGUCGUGGACGACGAACACCACCUCGAGCCCGUGCGCGUGGUCGGGCGUGGCGUGCAACGCGCGGGGUGCGGUGGUGGGGCUCGACGUGUCCGGGCGCAACCUCACCGGCGGCUUGCCCGGCGCCGCGCUGUCGGGGCUGCAGCACCUGGCGCGCCUCGACCUCGCCGCGAACGCGCUGUCGGGGCCCAUUCCGGCGGCGCUGUCCCGCCUCGCGCCGUUCCUCACCCACCUCAACCUCUCCAACAACGGCCUCAAUGGCACCUUCCCGCCGCAGCUGUCGCGGCUCCGCGCGCUCCGGGUGCUCGACCUCUACAACAACAACCUCACCGGCGCGCUCCCGCUCGAGGUGGUGUCCAUGGCGCAGCUCCGCCACCUCCACCUCGGCGGCAACUUUUUCUCCGGCGGGAUCCCGCCCGAGUACGGCCGGUGGGGGAGGCUCCAGUACCUCGCCGUCUCCGGCAACGAGCUCUCCGGGAAGAUACCACCGGAGCUAGGCAACCUGACGAGCCUCAGGGAGCUCUACAUCGGCUACUUCAACAGCUACUCCGGUGGGAUACCACCCGAGCUCGGCAACAUGACCGACCUCGUCCGCCUCGACGCCGCCAACUGCGGCCUCUCCGGCGAGAUCCCACCGGAGUUGGGCAACCUCGCGAACCUGGACACGCUGUUCCUGCAGGUGAACGGCCUCGCCGGCGGCAUCCCGCGCGAGCUCGGCAAGCUCGCGAGCCUCAGCUCGCUCGACCUGUCCAACAACGCGCUCGCCGGCGAGAUCCCGGCGACGUUCGCCGACCUCAAGAACCUCACCCUGCUCAACCUGUUCCGGAACAAGCUGCGAGGCGACAUCCCGGAGUUCGUCGGCGACCUGCCCAGCCUCGAGGUGCUGCAGCUAUGGGAGAACAACUUCACCGGCGGGAUCCCUCGCCGGCUGGGCCGCAACGGGAGGUUCCAGCUGCUCGACCUCUCGUCGAACCGCCUCACCGGCACGCUGCCGCCGGACCUCUGCGCCGGCGGCAAGCUGGAGACGCUCAUCGCGCUCGGCAACUCGCUCUUCGGCGCCAUCCCCGCCUCCCUCGGCAAGUGCACGUCGCUCACCCGCGUCCGCCUCGGCGACAACUACCUCAAUGGCUCCAUCCCCGAGGGUCUCUUCGAGCUCCCGAACCUGACUCAGGUGGAGCUCCAGGAUAAUCUCAUCUCCGGCGGCUUCCCGGCGGUGUCCGGCACCGGCGCGCCGAAUCUUGGCCAGAUUAGCCUCUCCAACAACCAGCUCACCGGAGCAUUGCCGGCGUUCAUCGGGAGCUUCUCCGGUGUUCAGAAAUUGCUCCUUGAUCAGAACGCGUUCACCGGCGAAAUCCCGCCGGAGAUUGGCCGGCUGCAGCAGCUGUCCAAGGCUGACCUCAGUGGCAAUUCGUUCGACGGCGGCGUGCCGCCGGAGAUUGGGAAAUGCCGGCUGCUCACCUACCUUGACCUCAGUAGGAACAACCUCUCCGGUGAGAUACCGCCGGCCAUCUCUGGGAUGCGGAUACUGAACUAUCUGAACCUGUCAAGGAACCAGCUCGACGGCGAGAUUCCGGCCACCAUUGCCGCAAUGCAAAGCCUCACCGCCGUGGAUUUCUCGUACAACAACCUGUCCGGGCUCGUGCCGGCCACAGGGCAAUUCAGCUACUUCAAUGCCACAUCCUUCGUCGGCAACCCGGGAUUGUGCGGGCCGUACCUCGGGCCAUGCCAUCCCGGUGCUCCCGGCACUGACCAUGGCGGCCGCAGCCAUGGUGGACUCUCCAAUAGCUUCAAGCUGCUGAUUGUGCUAGGAUUGCUUGCCCUUUCAAUUGCAUUUGCUGCCAUGGCGAUCUUGAAGGCCCGAUCACUGAAGAAGGCGAGUGAGGCGCGUGCUUGGAAGCUCACCGCAUUCCAGCGCCUCGAAUUCACCUGCGACGAUGUGCUUGAUAGUCUCAAGGAGGAGAACAUCAUUGGCAAAGGUGGAGCUGGGACUGUGUACAAGGGGACAAUGCCGGAUGGUGAACAUGUCGCGGUGAAGCGGCUUCCCGCCAUGAGCCGUGGUUCCUCCCAUGAUCACGGGUUCUCCGCAGAGAUUCAGACGCUCGGGAGGAUCCGGCACCGCUACAUUGUGAGGUUGCUCGGCUUCUGCUCGAACAAUGAGACGAACCUACUCGUUUACGAGUAUAUGCCCAAUGGCAGCCUUGGGGAGCUACUCCAUGGCAAGAAGGGUGGCCACCUGCAUUGGGACACAAGGUACAAGGUUGCUGUUGAGGCUGCCAAGGGGCUCUGCUACCUGCACCAUGAUUGCUCACCGCCGAUAUUGCACCGCGAUGUCAAGUCGAACAACAUUCUCCUUGACUCCGAUUUCGAAGCGCAUGUUGCUGACUUCGGGCUUGCCAAGUUCUUGCAGGACUCUGGCACAUCAGAGUGCAUGUCUGCAAUUGCUGGCUCUUAUGGUUAUAUUGCUCCAGAGUAUGCAUAUACGCUCAAGGUCGAUGAGAAGAGCGAUGUCUACAGCUUCGGUGUUGUGCUCCUUGAGCUGAUCACCGGAAAGAAGCCGGUAGGGGAGUUUGGGGAUGGCGUCGACAUCGUUCAGUGGGUCAAGACGAUGACGGACUCGAACAAGGAACAUGUGAUCAAGAUCUUGGACCCUAGGCUCUCAACUGUGCCGGUCCACGAGGUCAUGCACGUCUUCUACGUCGCAUUGCUUUGCGUCGAGGAGCAGAGCGUGCAGCGACCGACAAUGAGGGAGGUGGUGCAGAUCCUCAGUGAGCUUCCCAAGCCGACAUCGAAGCAAGGAGAGGAGCCUCCUAGUGGUGAAGGUGCUGUGUUUGAUCUUGUAGUGCCAGCUGAAUCUGCAGAGGCCAAUGAAGCCAAAGAGCAGCAGCAGCAGCAGCUAAACUCACCAUCUUCACCGCCACCUGAUCUCAUCAGCAUAUGAAGAAAUGCUGAACUAAAUUGUUACAGUUCAGUUUGAUUUGGUGAAGUUUGGGUUUCUAAUCUGGAAUGCUUAGGGUGUGUGGUAUGUAGGCCUUCGCAUUUAGGGUGUGGAAAUUGUAGGCCACUGAAUUUCUUGUGUGGCAUGUAUCUUUGGUAUCUUAGGUAUUUGUGUUGUAAAUAUAAGCUUCUUAACCUCCAGUUUCCUGCUACAAUCAAGAAACUUUGUAGGAAGUUAAGAGCUUAGUUAUCUGAAUCCAUUUUAGCUUCUUUUUUUUUUCUUUCAAUCUGAGCCCCAAAAUGUCAAAUGCUAUCUCCAUCCAAUGUGACAGCAUAACCUUUUAACUGUGGAAUCAUGAUUAUCAAGGUGUUCUGUUAUCUGUA